AUGGCUUUGUGCAACAAGAUCUUCCUUUCGAUUACUCAUAAUCUCCCAAAUACCACUAUGACUGCCCAAGUCUCAGUGUCUAUAGACGGCCCAGUGCCUGAUGUACCAGUCAAAAACGGCCUGAAUGGUGUGAACGGUAUUCCAAAGACCAACGGCAUUCAUGUAUCAAAUGAGAUGAACGGAAAGCCAGCCACAAAGGCUGCCUUGAAUGGCCACAGUGACAACGAUUUCUUCGGCCAUUCCAUUCCACUGAAUCAUGAAUAUGCCUUCACGCCUCGCAAACUCCGGGUUGUGACCAUCGGCGCUGGGUUUUCAGGCUUGUUGAUGGCCCAUAAGAUUCAACAUCGAUUUCCCGACUUACAAGAUUUUGUUCAACAUACCAUUUAUGAGGCCCGGAGCGAUGUUGGAGGAACUUGGCUGAUCAACUCCUACCCCGGGGUUCAGUGUGAUGUGCCUUCUCACAUCUACGCCUUUCCAUUUGAUCCGAAUCCCAACUGGAGUCGUUUUUACUCCAGUGGCGCCGAAAUUCAACAAUACAUCAAAGACACAGUCAAGAAGUGGAAUCUAGAUAGAGACCUCCAGCUCAACACCAAAGUUGCAGGGGCGGUGUGGGAAGAGGAUUCUGGGCGCUGGAAGUUGACGGUCGAAAAGGAUGGAGAGCAACGUGAAGAAUACUGUGAUAUUCUCAUCUCAGCACAGGGUGUUCUAGUCCAUCAUUCGUGGCCUGACAUCCCAGGCCUGGCUCACUUCAAGGGGCAUAUCACUCAUUCAGCCCACUGGGAUCACGAAUAUGACUAUUCCAAUAAGCGUAUCGCAGUCAUCGGAAACGGCUCUUCCGGAAUUCAGAUUACCCCCCAAAUGGCCAACUUACCCGGAACUGAAGUUAUGAACUUUAUGCGCAGCCCGGCCUGGGUGUACUAUCGAGUCCCACCGUCGAAGCAUCUAGGCAGAGAUGUAGAAGAUGCCAAUCCAGCUUAUUCCGAGGAAGAAAAACAGCGCUUCCGCAAUCCAGAUGCUCACAAAGAGUAUCGGAAAGGUAUAAUUUCUCGAACAAACAAAGCCUUCCGCCUGUUCAUCAAAGGCGAAAAUAACGAAGCCGCUUGCAAGUUUGGAGCGCAGCAAAUGGCGGAAAAGCUGAAUCACGAUCCAGAUCUCUGUGAAAAGCUAAUCCCGAAGUGGGAAGUUGGAUGCCGCCGCGUUACUCCUGGUCCAGGCUAUCUGGAGGCCUUUGCAAAGCCGAACUGCAACCUUAGCAACAGUCCGAUCACCAAGAUUACGGAUAAUGCCGUACACACUGCCGAUGGAAAUGUCUUUGAAUGCGAUGUUGUAAUCUGUGCGACUGGAUUUGACGUUUCUCAUUGCCCUCGUUAUCCGAUAGUCGGUCAGAACGGAAUCAAGCUUGCCGACAAGUGGGCAGAGGAGCCAGAGUCUUACAUGUCGGUUGCCACCUCCAAAUUUCCCAACUACUUUAUCAUGAUGGGACCAAAUUGCCUAGGUGGCCAUGGAUCAUUGGUAGAGUCGCUGAACUGGACGGGAGACUACUUUGUGAAGUGGAUCAAGAAAAUGGCUACCGAGGAUAUCAAAUACGUCGUUCCCAAGCGUUCGGUUGAGGAUGCCUUUGUGAAAUAUGGCGAUGAAGUACACAAGACGCUGGUCUGGACGGGCGGUUGCAAGAGCUGGUACAAGCGCAACCGUGUCGAUGGCCGUGUGACUGCUUUGUUCGGUGGCAGUGCCAUCUUGUUCCACCGAUUGAUCAGUGACCUUCGACCUGAAGAUUUUGAGAUUGAAUAUAACAGUACAAAUCCGUUCCGGUUCAUGGGAAACGGCUUUACUGGAUAUGAAAUGGAGGAAGCAAAUGACUUGUCAUAUUACGUUGAGGUGGCAGAUACGCCGUCCUCGUCGGCUUGA